UCUCUCACCAAGCUUUUCCAACCAAAAACUUAAUAGCCUUUGCAGAAUUUUCAAUUAAGAUUCCUAUUAGUGAUUUGCUAAGGAACCGGAAAGAGUUGAGAAUUGGGCUCAGUACCACUUCUUGGCCUACUCAGCCCACAGUCAUGUAACUAACAAGUCCUACAACACAAGUUGGCCCAACUUUUCUAAAUAUAAAUCGUACCGGUUAGGUGUUAAAGCUAGCAAUGUCCGGUCCUGAGCUGAUAUUUCCCAAAGCUGUUAACCGUUAAACAAGUAAUAGCCAACCCGGUUCGCACAGAAACGGGACCCAUUCACAUCCCACGUGUCGCUAGUGAAGAUGGACCAAGAGAUUGAAAGGCUAAGGAAAAUCACAUUGUCCGGCAGAGAAUCGAAGAAGACACAACAACGCUCACAAGAUCCUCUUUUGUCCGUACUGAAACGAUGAACAUUUCUGCUAGAAUCUCCUCCGUGUUAAGAUCCUCUAAUCUCUGCCUGAUAACCCCUAGAUUCUCAUCUUCCUCUAGAUUCCUCUGCUCCAAAGGGAACCCCGACGAAUCUCCCAAAAACGACAAUGGUGAUAAAUCGUCGAGGGAUUGGGACAAAGCGUGGAAGAGUUUCAAGAAACAAAGCAAGAAGACAUUCUUCUCCCAGUUCAACGUGGACAAGUACGUGACGUGGAAUCCUCCGAGAUCGGAGUUUCCGUUGUCGGAAGAAGUUGAUCCUAUCAAAAGGACAGAGAGAUCUAAUCUCAUGCUCUGGACAAGUCCAAAGUUCACAUUAGUUGGAGCCAUCGUCAUUGUCUCAUUCCUCCUUCUCUACACAAUUCUUGCUCCCGUCAAGUGAAAAAUUGUUCUCCUUGUGGUGUAAUUUAGCUUCUGAAAUGUGUUCCUAAAAAGGGUAGUUAUUGUCAAAUUUGCGAUCUAAAUGAUAAUAUUAAGAUAAUUGAUUGCAAACUACAUUUCAGUAGACAACUAGUCGUGGAACUCAACCUCUACUACUCUAUGCCUUGUGUUAAAAUAUUUGAAAAUAUUUUAAUAGGUUGCAAUUGAUUCUAAGACGGAUUAAGGAAGAAGGUACAAUAUUGACCCAAAUUGUAAAAUCGCAUGCAUUAUUUUUUCAAAAUUAGCCAGAACAA